AUGCCGGACCACCAAAUCUUCAAGGCCACUUAUAGUGGUAUCCCAGUCUACGAGAUGAUGUGCAAGGGGGUGGCAGUGAUGCGACGCCGUUCGGAUUCGUGGUUAAAUGCGACGCAGAUUCUCAAGGUUGCGGGAUUCGACAAACCUCAACGCACGCGCAUCCUCGAACGCGAGGUGCAGAAAGGGGAACACGAGAAGGUGCAGGGCGGGUAUGGAAAGUACCAAGGUACCUGGAUCCCUCUUGAGCGAGGACUCGCGCUUUCCAGGCUGUAUGGAUGUGAGCAGCUUCUCCGACCCAUCAUCGAUUUCCAACCCGAGGCGAAGAGUCCUCCUCUGGCGCCUAAGCACCUGGUAGCCGUCCAGAGUGGCAAACCGGGUUCGCGUCGAGCGGUGACAGAGGUAUCUGCUGCAAGUGCUACGAUGAACACGCGGUCGUCCCGCCGACAUCAGACAGAUGCAGGCGACGGCUCAGAUAUUGACACGCUAUCGGUGCGAGGCUCGGAAGAUGGUUCGAUGACCCCCUCCCCUUCUGAAGCUUCCUCCAGUUCGCGCACGCCUUCGCCGAUUCGCAGUACCCCGGAGCCGUCGGUAAUCGGGUCGAACGGUAUUAACGAACAGUAUCACUCACCUCCCCAGCCUAGCCGGAAACGCAAACAACGACCAUCGGCUAUCGAGCAAGAAGAAUCUGACCACGAGACUGCUGCAGAAAAUGGCCUCCACGAAGGCAUCAGCUAUGGUGAACAGAUCCUUGAAUAUUUCAUAUCUGACACAAACCAAAUUCCGAACAUAUUACUCAAUCCCCCUCCCGAUUUCGAUCCCAACACCGCAAUCGACGAAGAUGGCCACACAGCAUUACAUUGGGCAAGUGCUAUGGGGCGCAUUCGCGUCGUGAAGCUGUUACUCACGGCUGGCGCGGAGGUUUAUAAGGUUAAUAAGGCAGGCCAAACAGCACUCAUGCGGAGCGUGAUGUUCGCGAAUAACUACGACGUACGGAAGUUUCCCGAACUCUACGAACUACUGCAUCUCUCCACUCUCAACAUCGACAACACCAACCGCACCGUAUUCCAUCACAUCGUGGAUCUCGCCAUGAUAAAGGUGAAAACGCACGCCGCACGAUAUUACAUGGAGACCAUCCUCACUCGUUUGGCGGAAUACCCUGAUGAGCUUAAGGAUAUCAUCAAUUUCCAAGACGAAGAUGGGGAGACCGCUCUGACGAUGGCCGCCAAGUGUAGGAGCAAAAGGCUAGUCAAACUUCUCCUUGAUCACGGAGCGGAUCCCAAAAUCGCGAAUCGCGACGGCAAGUCAGCAGAGGACUACAUCCUGGAAGAUGAACGCUACCGGUCCUCACCCGUAAUACCUUCUCGCUCGCUAUCGAUGUCAUUCCGGAAUGCCCAGACCGCAUAUCCACCGCCCGAUGCCCCUUCAUACUACUCGUUUGCCCCUGCUAACGGCGACCGACCACCAUUACACUAUUCGGCGACGGGGCAGAAGGCUGCCACGCGCUGCAUCAACGAUGUCGCGAUGAUGCUUGACAGCCUAGCAGGCUCCUUUGACCAAGAGCUAAAGGACAAGGAGCGGGACAUGAACCAGGCGAACGCCCUUCUGACGAAUAUCCAGGCGGAGAUCCUCGAGAGCCAGCGUGCAGUCACCCAGUUGAAGGCGCAAGCUAAGAGCCUUCCACAGGCGAAACAAAGGCUGCAGACAUUGGAAGAGGAGCUCCAGGUGAAGAUGGGAAAGCGGUAUCGUCUUGGAUGGGAGAAGUGGAUAAAGGAUGAGGAAGAACGGGAAAAGGCCAUCCGCGACGCGGCGAACGGAAAACUAUUCGCCCCUUCCUCAGCAGAAGACAUCUCGGAUCUGCUCGCCUUGCAUGCGGGCAUACCUUCGAACCCAGAAAUGAUACACGCGGAGUGCGAGACGCUCAGAGGGGAGCUUGCUGCGCAUAAGAAGAGGAGGAAAGACAUGUUUGACGGAAUCGUCAAAUUCCAGGCAGAAGCGGGUACGAGCGGCAGAAUGGCUGAUUAUCGUCGUUUAAUUGGAGCAGGAUGUGGUGGGGUUCCUCCUGGAGAGGUGGACAACGUGCUGGGUAUGCUGCUCGAGACGUUGGAAUCUGAGGAUCCCGGCGCUUCGUCUGUAGUGUGGAGUGGAAAUGCACGACCAGCAGGUAGCGUUGGGUAA